ACCACCACCACCACCGCUGCCGCCUUCCGUCUUUCUUUCUUUCCUUCUCCUUUCAAACAGCACUACUUGCCACCAGAGCUAUGGCCAAUCUACCCAAUCUCCGACGCCUGUUUGUCGAGGCUAGAACAGAGGCGGAAGAGAACGAGUACUCCAGAACAGCGUUCUAUAACCUCGUCCUCUUCAUCUCUUCCGUCGCCGUUUUUAGCCUGGUGGCUCAACGUAUGGGCGGAACAAAGACAGGGAAAUAAGGCGUGAUGUGCCAACAUGGACUAUUCAAUUAUCUCGAGUGUCAUUACGACCCACAGCCUGCGC